AUGUCGUAUCAAUAUCCGCCUAAUCAACAACAAGCGCCCUACGGCUAUCCCCAGGGUGCACCUCCUCAAGGCCCUCCCCAGGGCUAUCAACAGGGCCCUCCCCAGGGCUACCAACAGGGCUAUCAACAGCCUCCGCAUCCUCAACAACAAUACGGCCCUCCUCAGGGUGCGCCCCAUGGUGGCCCUCCUCCGCAGGGUCACUAUCCUCCACCGCAGGGCUACGGCCAGCCCCCUCCUCAGCAACAGCAGGGCUACUACGGCGCUCCUUCACCUCAACCGCCGGCGCCGUAUGGUGCGCCCCCGGCCCAUCAUUCCGGAUAUCCUCCCCAGCACCAACCGCCGCAGCAGCCAUACGGCCAACCCCCACCGGGCCAGCAAUAUCCUCCCCAACACGGCCAACCGCCGCAUGGCCAACCGCCGCAUGGCUAUGCCCCUCCACAGGGACCACCUCAUGGCGCUCCUAUGCACGGUGUGCCCGGCGCAUACGGGGCUCCCAUGGGAGCUCCAGCUCCACCAUCGCUAGGUUACGUCCCCGGCCAAGUCGCACCAGGCGACUUCCGAGCAGAAGCAGAUGCCCUCCGUAAAGCGAUGAAGGGCUUCGGCACAGACGAAAGGGCCCUGAUCCAGGUCCUAUCUCGUCUGGAUCCUCUCCAAAUGGCCGGCGUGCGCGCCGCAUACUCCAAGCACAUCGGCCGCGAUCUGUACAAGGACGUCAAGUCCGAGACAGGCGGGCACCUUGAACAGGGUCUCCUCGCCGUGAUUGAAGGCCCGCUCAUGUACGACGUAGCCUGCGUCCACGAAGCCGUCAAGGGCGCCGGCACCAAAGAAUGGCUGUUGAACGACAUCCUCCUCGGCCGAUCCAACGCCGACCUCCAGGCCAUCCUGGCUGCCUACCACCGCACCUACCACCGCCAACUAACCCGCGACGUCGAAGACGACCUCUCCUUCAAAACAGCCGAGCUCUUCAAGAACGUCCUCCGCGCAACCCGCCACGAAGACUCCGUCCCGAUCAACCCGCAAGCCAUCGAAGCCGAAGUGCGCACCCUGCACGACUCCACCGCCGCCCGCAUGGUCAACAAUGUCAUCGAGGUAUGUGGGAUCUUUGUGCGGUCGUCGAAUACGGAGCUGCGCGAGAUAGACCGUGCGUUCCAGGCGCGGUAUCAUACGCCGCUGGACAAGCAUGUUGAGAAGGAGUUCUCGGGGCAUAUGGAGGAUGCGCUGUUGCAUAUGUUGCGGACGGCGACGGAUCCGGCGAUGCGGGAUGCGAUUCUGUUGGAGGAGUGUAUGGCGGGGAUGGGGACGAAGGAUGAGAGGUUGGUUGUUAGGGUUGUGAGGGUUCAUUGGGAUCGGCAGCAUAAGGAGAUGGUUAAGAGGGCGUACAGGCAUCGCUUUGGGAAGGAUUUGAUUGCUCGUGUGCGCGAGGAGACCUCUGGGGAUCUUGAGAAGUUGAUGGUUGCCUUGUUGGAGUAG